AUGGUGAGUCGACUCAUCUACGACAAGGGAAUCCGAUACAAGACCUCACAGAGGAAGAUGUAUGUGAAGAAGGAGCCCUUGGACAUAAGUGUGCUGCUGGAUCAUCGCUCUACGGCACUCAAACGACACCGGGAAGAUGAGGACCAGAGAUCUGAGGAGGAGGAACCACCAUUAAGAGAACUUGAAGAAUCUGACUUUGAGGAAUCAAACUUCGAGGAAUCAGAGUCUGAAGAAUCAGACGUCGAUGAAGCAGAGUCUGAUGAAUCAGACUUCGAGGAAUCAGACUUCGAGGAAUCAGACUUCGAGGAAUCAGAGUCUGAAGAAUCAGACAUCGAUGAAGCACAGUCUGAUGAAUCAGACGUUGAGGAAUCAGACUUCCAGGAAUCAGAGUCUGAAGAAUCAGACGUUGAGGAAUCGGACUAUGAGGAAUCAUACGUUGAGGAAUCAGACUUCGAUGAAUCAGAGUUUGACGAACCAGAGUCUGAAGAAUCAAAUUUUGAGGAAUCAGACUUCGAGGAAUCAGAAUUUGACGAACCUGAGUCUGAAGAAUCAAAUUUUGAGGAAUCAGACUUUCGAGGAACCAGAUUUUGUGGAAUCAGACGUUGA